ACAGUAUUGCCAAUUUUUUAAGUAGUUAUAAAUGUUAUAAUUAAAACUUUUUUGUUUGAACAAUUUUUAGAAUACCUAAUUCUAUCAAGGAAAUCGUGAAUAGCUAGAGACAGAAGCUGCGAACUCUGAACGUUCAGGGAUUAUUAUCAAGGACAUUCGUGUUCAAAUUAGUUUUAACCAAUUAUGUCUUGAUGCUAGUUGUCCACUAUGGCAAUUAAAGGCCAUGAUCGUGAAACGGUUCAAUUAAGUAACGCAACUAAAAUUUUAACUAGUUUAGCAGCAGGUGCUAUAGCAGGAGCAUUAGCCAAAACCACUAUUGCUCCACUUGAUAGAACAAAAAUAAAUUUUCAGAUAGGGAAACAACCUUAUUCUACAAGGAAAGCCUUGAAAUUUUUGAAGCAAACAUACAAACAAGAAGGAUUCAUAGCAUUAUGGAGAGGAAACAGUGCAACUAUGGCGAGAAUUAUCCCUUAUGCUGCAAUUCAGUUUACUGCUCACGAAGAGUGGAAAAAGGUAUUGGGGGUAGAUGGGUUGAAAGGAAAAGAAUCUCCAAAAAAAUUAUUUUUGGCUGGUUCCCUUGCAGGAGUGACAUCCCAAUCUCUUACAUACCCACUUGAUUUAGCUAGAGCUCGGAUGGCAGUAACAAAAAAAAUGGAAUAUGCAACACUAAGAGAGGUGUUUUCCAAGGUUUAUGAAAAAGAAGGUCUAAGAGCUUUUUAUAAAGGUUACGUUUCGACAAUAUCUGGUGUCAUACCAUAUGCUGGAGUUUCUUUUUUUACUUACGAUACACUUAAACAUCUUUAUAAAGAUAAGUUAGAAGAAAAAUAUUCUGGGUUCUAUCCUCUUUUUUCAUUAUUUAGUGGAGCAUGUGCUGGUAUGCUUGGCCAGUCUAGCAGUUAUCCAUUUGAUAUUAUAAGAAGAAGAAUGCAAACAGAUACUCAAGGAAAGUAUCCAACAAUAAUGGCAACAAUUUUAUAUAUGCAUAGAACGGAAGGUCUAUGGAGAGCUUUGUACAAAGGGCUUUCUAUGAAUUGGAUUAAAGGACCUAUUGCUGUAGGAAUAAGCUAUGCAACUUAUGACAAUACAAAAGAUUCAUUACGUAACCUUUUUAUUGAGAAACAAAACAAAAAAUUAUCAGUUGAGAGAUCAGUAUGAGUUAACACAACAAAAUUAUAUUGUGAAUAAGAGCCAAUAUUAGUCAAUAUUUGUAUUUUGAAUACUUGUUGAUCAUAAUAAAUUCUUGUUUUGCUAA